GUGCUCUCCCCAGGUGCUUCUGCUCCUGGCUCAGAUUUCAACCUUCGAUGCCUCCUUUGUGGCACGCUUGUUCGAAAAGGGGAGAAGGCCACGGAUCUGGUGGCUCUCCAGACUGGAACUGCUCUCUCAGGUGUUGCGCGAGCUAGGCAUUAACUGGAAGAGUGAGAGCCGAAACUGGUUGCCUGAGGCGGAUCAGAAGGACCGAUGCUCUCUGGGAUUGCUGGGCAGCAGACAUCCUUCCGGCCCCUCCGUCUAGGCUCCUUUGGAUAGGAGGGGCCGGGUGAGCAGGCCAGCUGGGCUAUGAUUUGGUGUCUCAGUCUGACCAUCCUCAGCCUGGUCAUCAGCCAGGGGGCUGACGGUCGAAGGAAGCCUGAGGUGGUCUCUGUGGUGGGCCGGGCUGGGGAGAGUGCAGUUCUGGGCUGUGACUUGCUGCCUCCAACUGGCCGUCCCCCUCUGCAUGUCAUCGAGUGGCUGCGCUUUGGAUUCCUGCUUCCCAUCUUCAUCCAGUUCGGCCUCUACUCUCCCCGAAUUGACCCUGAUUAUGUGGGACGAGUCCGACUGCAGACCGGAGCAUCUCUCCAGAUUGACGGGCUCCGGGUGGAAGACCAGGGCUGGUACGAGUGUCGUGUGCUCUUCCUGGACCAGCACAACCCUGAACAGGAUUUUGCCAAUGGCUCCUGGGUGCACCUGACAGUCAAUUCGCCCCCUCAGUUCCAGGAGACUCCUCCCUUAGUACUGGAAGUGAAGGAACUGGAGGCUGUUACCUUGCGUUGUGUGGCCCGGGGCAGCCCCCAGCCUUACGUGACCUGGAAAUUCCGAGGACAGGACCUUGGCAAGGGCCAGGGUCAGGUGCAAAACGGGACACUGUGGAUCCGCCGGGUGCAGCGAGGCAGCGCUGGAGACUACACCUGCCAAGCCUCCAGCACGGAGGGCAGCGUCACCCAUACUACACAACUGCUGGUGCUAGGGCCGCCUGUCAUUGUGGUGCCCCCCAACAACAGCACGGUCAAUGCCUCCCAGGAUGUUUCUUUGGCUUGCCAGGCUGAGGCAUACCCCGCUAACCUCACCUACAGCUGGUUCCAGGAUGGCAUCAAUGUCUUCCACAUUAGCCGCCUACAGUCUCGAGUGCGGAUCCUGGUCGAUGGAAGCCUGUGGGUCCAGGCUGCUCAGCCCGAUGACGCUGGCCACUAUACUUGUGUGCCCAGCAAUAGCUUUCCGCAUCCACCCUCCGCUUCUGCCUAUCUCACUGUGCUCUACCCAGCACAGGUGACAGUCAUGCCUCCCGAGACACCCCUGCCCAUUGGCAUGCGGGGGGUGAUCCAGUGUCCAGUGCGUGCUAAUCCCCCACUGCUGUUUGUCACCUGGACCAAAGAUGGGCAGGCCUUGCAGCUGGACAAGUUCCCUGGCUGGUCGCAGGGCCCAGAGGGCUCCCUCAUCAUUGCCCUGGGGAAUGAGGAUGCCUUGGGAGAAUACACCUGUACCCCCUACAACAGCCUUGGUACUGCUGGACCCUCCUCCGUGACCCGAGUGCUGCUCAAGGCUCCCCCAGCUUUUAUAGACCAGCCCAAGGAAGAGUAUUUCCAAGAAGUGGGGAGAGAGUUACUCAUCCCCUGUUCCGCCCGAGGAGACCCUCCUCCUACUGUGUCUUGGGCCAAGGUGGGCCGGGGGCUGCAGGGCCAGGCCCAGGUGGACAGCAACAGCAGCCUCAUCCUUCGACCCCUGACCAAGGAGGCCCAUGGACGAUGGGAAUGCCGUGCCAGCAACGCUGUAGCCCAAGUGGCUGCUUCUACCAAUGUCUAUGUGCUAGGCACCAGCCCCCAUGUCGUCACCAAUGUGUCUGUGGUACCUUUACCCAAGGGUGCCAAUGUCUCUUGGGAGCCUGGCUUUGAUGGUGGUUAUCUGCAGAGAUUCAGUGUCUGGUAUACCCCACUGGCCAAACGUCCUGAUCGAGCCCACCAUGACUGGGUAUCUAUGGCUGUGCCUAUGGGGGCUACACACCUCCUAGUGCCAGGGCUGCAACCCCAUACUCAAUACCAGUUCAGUGUCCUUGCUCAGAAUAAGCUGGGCAGUGGGCCCUUCAGCGAGAUUGUCCUGUCUAUACCAGAAGGGCUUCCUACCACACCAGCUGCCUCCAGGCUUCCUCCGACCGAGGUGCCACCUCCUCUAUCCCCUCCUAGAGGUUUGGUGGCAGUGCGGACACCCCGGGGGGUACUGCUGCAUUGGGAUCCUCCAGAACUCAUCCCUAAGAGACUGGAUGGCUAUGUCCUGGAAGGACGGCAAGGCUCCCAGGACUGGGAGAUACUGGACCAGGCUGUGGCAGGCACAGAAAUCCAGCUGCUGGUACCUGGCCUCAUCAAGGAUACUCUCUAUGAGUUCCGCCUCGCGGCAUUCGCUGAUGACUAUGUCAGUGGUCCCAGCAACAUAGCCAACAUCUCCACCUCUGGCCUGGAGGUGUACCCUUCCCGAACACAGCUACCAGGUCUCCUGCCCCAGCCUGUAUUAGCUGGUGUUGUGGGUGGGGUCUGUUUCUUGGGCGUGGCAGUCCUUGUGAGCAUCCUGGCUGCUUGCCUCAUGAAUCGGCGCAGGGCUGCCCGCCGCCACAGAAAACGCCUGCGCCAGGAUCCACCUCUGAUCUUCUCCCCACCGAGGAAGUCAGGCACGCACUCUGCUCCUGGCUCAGGCAGCCCUGACAGCGUGACCAAGUUGAAGCUCCAGGGCUCUCCGGUCCCCAGCCUACGUCAGAGUCUGCUCUGGGGGGAACCUGCCCGACCUCCUAGCCCCCACCCGGAUUCUCCAAUUGGUUGUGGACCCUUGCCACUGGAGCCCAUUUGCCGGGGCCCAGAUGGCCGCUUUGUGAUGGGACCCACUGUGGCCCCUCCACAAGAAAAGUUAUGUCUGGAGCGGGCAGAACCUCAGACCUCAGCCAAACGCCUGGCCCAGUCCUUUGACUGUAGCAGUAGCAGCCCUAGUGGGGUACCACAGCCCCUUUGCAUUGCAGACAUCAGCCCUGUGGGGCCGCCUCCUGCAACCCCCCUACCAGGUCCAGGACCCCUGCUCCAGUACCUGAGCCUACCCUUCUUCCGGGAGAUGAAUGUCGAUGGGGACUGGCCACCUCUGGAGGAGCCUACACCUGCUCCACCUCCAGAUUUCACAGAGCCCUAUGCUCCUUCAUCUUUCCUUCCACCGCCUGACUCACCUCCCACAAACCUCAGGGCAGUGCUUCCUAGGACAAUAACGGGGGUGGGGGCCUCCUCAGAGCCUCCUUACACAGCUUUGACUGACUGGACACUGAGGGAGCGGGUGUUGCCGGGGCUUCUCCCUGCCGCCCCUCGUGGUAGCCUCACUAGCCAGAGCAGUGGGAGAGGAAGUGCUUCCUUCCUGCGGCCCCCCUCCACAGCCCCCUCUGCAGGGGGAAGCUACCUCAGUCCCGCUCCAGGAGACACCAGCAGCUGGGCCAGCGGUCCGGAGAGGUGGCCCCGGAGGGAACAUGUGGCGACAGUCAGCAAAAGCAGGAGGAACACAUCUGUGGAUGAGAACUACGAAUGGGACUCAGAAUUCCCCGGGGACAUGGAGCUGCUGGAGACUUGGCACCAGGGCUUGCCCGGCUCUCGGUCCCGCCCUGAACUUGAGCCAGAGUUAGGUGCGAAAACUCCAGAGGAGAGCUGCCUCCUGAACACAGGCCAUGCUUCUGGCCCUGAGGCCCGCUGUGCUGCCCUUCGGGAGGAAUUUCUGGCCUUCCGCCGCCGCAGAGAUGCUAGCAGGGCCCGGCUACCGGCCUAUCAGCAGUCCAUCUCCUACCCGGAACAGGCAACUCUGCUAUGAGCACAGUGUGAGGCUAGGAAAGGAUAUGGAUCUGCAGAGGAGGCCAAGACUCUGACUCCAAGCUCGGCCACUGCCUCUACCCCUUUGUGCCCAGGCAUAGACCCCUGAUGAUGGCCUGAGGGUAGGCUUGCGUGAGCUUGGUGUAGAAUGAAUGUA